AUGGCGAUGAGUGGAAACAUCUCUACCUCUAUAGAUGCAUCUUCAUAUUUAAGUGAUAUAACUUAUUUGGGUUAUUACAGUUUAUCAAUGGUCAUUCUUGGUUCAAUAUUUAAAUUAUUGACAUUCAUAAACUUGUGCCGACCAGCAUUUCGAAAUACAAAUGCACGACCGACAAUACAUUAUAUGCGUGUAUUAGCAUUGAUUGAUUUAUUCGCAAUGUAUGGAUGGAAUCUUGACAAUUACUUAGGCCUCGUACAAGGUUUUACGUUUUAUUCAUCGUACACAGUUGCAUCAUGUAAAGUUUUCAGUUUUCUCAAUUAUUUUACGAAUGAAGCUUCUGCAUGGUUACAUGUAUUUAUCUGUUUUGAUCGAUAUUUAUUUUUGAGUCGUACACAACCCAACACUUGGUUUAAUCGAUCAAAGAGUGUUUUAAUUAUCAUUGGUUGUGUUAUAGGAGUUUUUAUUCUUGCUAACUUACAUUUUCUAAUAUCUGUUUGUUAUGAAGAUGAUAAUGGAAAAAUCAACACUGGAUCAAAAUUUUAUCAAGUUUUUCCAUUAUAUAAUCAAAUAUAUGCACUUAUUUCUAGUGUUAUUCCAUCUGUGGUUAUGAUGACAUUCAGCUGUGUCUCAGCAUAUUAUCUAAGUCAAUUAAAGCAGACAAGUACGAUACAAAAUUCGAAAAUUCGUCAUCGUGCUAUAUCAAUCACACUUAUAAGUACAAGUCUCCUCUUCGUUAUAACUUCUGCACCUACGCCAAUUUUUUAUGGCUUCUUUUAUGAUGAUCUUUCGAAAACAGUUUUAGGUCGCCGUGUUCUGAAUAUUUUUGACACACUUUCAUAUACAUAUCCUAUCAUAGAUUUUCCUAUCUAUCUCAUUACAUUUACUGAAUUUCGACGUGAACUUAUUCGUUUAUUAAUACGCAAUCGAGUUAUUUUACCAAUUGCUACUGAAAAUACACAACGCCCUGUUCCUCAAAAUCGUGCACAAAAUAUUUCGACCGCGCGUAAUUUUUAA